AUGGCCAACAGGUACAUCCUCCAAAUUGCUCUCCUAUUAUGCUUCUCCAGCACAGCCUUUUCUAUGAGCUAUCACUUGCUUCGAUCCAGACAAAGAAGCAGCAAUUUGGCCUGUCAGAGGAUUCUGAAUGAGUUGAAUGGAACCCUUACAGAAUGCCUCCAGCAGAGGAUCGACAGCACCAUCCCGGAGGAGAUUCAACAACCUCAGCUCCUCCAGAAGGAAGACAUCCUAUUAGUCACCUACGUGAUGCUUCAGCAGAUCUUCGGAAUAUUCAGCAGAAAUUUCUCUCAGACUGCCUGGAAUGAGAGCAUCACUGAGAAACUCUUCUCAGAACUCCAACAGCAGAUGGACUAUCUGGAGACCACCUUGAAGGAAAGAAAGGAAGUGGAAAGAACGAAAGAAGAUGUCAUCAGGUGUGACAGGAUUAUUUCACGUCUGAAGAACUAUUACUCAAGGCUCCUGAAGUACCUAAAGGCCAGUGGAUAUAGUAGCUGUGCCUGGGUAAUAGUCAAAACAGACAUCCUCAGGAACUUUUUCUUCCUUAACAGACUUACAAAUUACCUCCCAGACUGA